AUGACCAGCUCAGCUCCCCCUUCUUUCAAUCCAGUUCUCAAGCAGGAAAAAACUCCAGAUCCGGUAGAAUCACCAAGAAGGAUCAGUGGUGUUGCGGUCAACUGUCUUCUCAGAUGUAUGGAAAUUCGGCGACCGGCUUGGUUGGCCCGUGAAUGUCUUACAGCACCGAUUACGCUGCGAUGGCUGAAGCGGAAGCCAUCUGGGGGCUCUGCAACUUCUGCCUGGCUAUGUUAG